GAGAUGAAAAAUAGUAUCGCAAUUAUUCAACAUGGCGGUUCCUUUGUUUGUAUCAAAGUGAAAAGUUGCUCGUUUCUGCUUGCUUUCUUCUCCUUAACAAUUCUCCCAGCGUAUUGUGGCUCUUAAAAUGUCGACACUUUGGAUGGGUGAUCUGGAACCUUACAUGAAUGAGCAAUUUGUGAGAGCUGCUUUUGUAUCAGCUGGCCAUGCCGUCACUACUGUGAAAGUCAUUAUCAAUAAAUUAACAGGUGGACCAGCUGGAUAUUGUUUUGUUGAUUUUCCAACAUCGAAAAAUGCCGAGAAUGCUUUGAAUACACUGAAUGGGGUACCUGUUCCUGGAACCAACCCACCCAAAAGGUUCAAACUCAACUGGGCAUCUUACGGCAAAGACAAUCAAACACAAGGUCCCGAAUAUUCUGUUUUUGUUGGUGACCUUACAGCUGAAGUUGAUGAUCCGACAUUACUGAAAUUCUUCCGUGAUCGUUAUCCAUCAUGCAAAGCUGCUAAAGUUGUGAUGGAUUCGUCUGGUAUGUCUCGUGGCUACGGCUUUGUCCGUUUCGGAGAAGAAAGUGAACAGAAGCGUGCGAUGAUCGAGAUGCAGGGCAUCAGAGGGUGUGGAGGGAAGCCAAUACGUGUUAGUGUUGCUACACCUAAAAAGCCAACGACAGUCCCAUUAACGGGAACAACAACGACAUAUCCAACAACAACACAACAGUAUCUCCAGCAAUACCAACAAUAUCAACAGUAUUAUGCAGCAUGGCAGGCCAGUUAUCAACAGCAAGCGGCAGUUGCAGCUGUUGCAGCCCAAUAUUAUCCAGGUUAUUCGCAAUACGCCCAAACAUACGAUCAACAACAACAAGUGUCCUACGAACAGACCAACGCUGACACAACUGUUCCCGUUACGGCGACUGAGGCAUACCAAGAAGAAGCCCCCGAUCUGACAUUACAAGAAUACGAUGAAGAUAUAGACGUUGCUGCCGCGAAUAAAGAAUACAUGGAGCGAGAGGAGGCUCUUUAUUAUGAAAUGGAAGCGUCUCGUUGGCAACCGUUGGAUCCUGUUACGGGUGGUCCCGGCUCGCUAGUCGCUUGAUGGAGCUGUGGUAUUUUGACGAACACCAAUUAGAUUUUGUUCUAUAUGUCGAAAAUAAGGAUUUGUGAAAAUUGUUUACAGUCAUUACAGUAUUCAUUCUAUGUUUUGCAAAUUCUUACGUGAUAAUACCUUGAACUGUAAUCGUUUUUCGGUUUGUCAUAUCUGUCUGUCGUUAACUAACAUGGCAUAGUUCAAAAUAUUUGUGAUCAUUUUUCUAAACUGUCGUUGAAUUUUAGAGAUAUCAUGUCAGGAAUCUUCGAGUUGAAUGAAAACUUUAUUGGUAUCUUUGAAAUAUCAUAAUGAUUCAACCAGUGA